AUGGGCAAUGAUACAAUGAUUGAAUCAUCCAAUAUAUUGGAGGAAGUUGAUAAUUCAACACAAUGGUUAAGUGAUAAUGCUAAACAUGUCACAAUCAAUCUACCUUCAAUCGAUCAAUUCAUACAAGACUUGCAACAAGAUGAUUACAAGUCAAAAUCAUCCGCAGUCAACUUCCCUUUGAACUUUAGUGACCACCAACAAGAGAUCAACUUCUGGUUCAUACUGGACUUGAUCAAUAUUGGAAGUGGAUUCCGCAAGGAGCUUCAUGACGCGUCAAAUAGAGGCGCCUACGAGACGAUAUGUUAUGGCCUGUUUGGAAUGUUCUUGUCGCAGUCGGGUAACUUGAGUGCCAAGUUCUUGUCGAAUAUGUCCUUGCAUGAGGUGUCAUCAUACUUUGGAAUUCCAGUGUCUGUUGAGGUGCAACAACAGGUUGGCAUCUACACAUACAAGGACUCAUCUCUCAAGCCACUGGCCAUUCACAUUCAUCAGAUACUGCGCGAGAGCGCAAGGAUAUUGGGCGAGCUUGGCUACAAUGACUUUGGCGCAAUGGUCCUCAAGGUGACCGACCCUGCGCGCCCAGACUCGGCUGCCAAUUCGGCCGCACUGCUUGUCCAGCGACUCGUCUCCACAUUCCCCGCUUUUGCCGACCGCCACACAUGCGGAGGCCAGACGAUACACAUUUACAAGAAGGCUCAGCUGUUGUGCGCUGACCUGUACAGACGCUUCAAGGUCGACCUGCCCGAGCGCUUUGCCUUCAAGGACAUUGACUCGCUGACAGUCUUUAGCGACAAUGUGCUGCCAGCUGUGCUGCGCAAGUACGGCAUACUGACGCUGUCGACAGAGUUGGCCGAGUGGGUAGACGCAGGCAAGGAGCUGCCCCCUGGCGAACAAGAGGUCGAGCUGCGCGCCGUCGCCGUGCACGCCUGUCGCCUCAUUGUCAACCGCGCACACUCAAUCGACGCCAACCACUUCAUUGGCAAUCAAGUCACACUCGACUACUUCCUGUGGACCAAGGGCAAAGAUAAUGGAUUCCGCCAAGCCGAGCGACAUUACACCAAACAGACUAUCUUUUAU